UGAGUUUCAUAAAAAAACAUUUUCCAAUUUCAUGUAAAUAUUACAUCUGGCAUUACGACGAAUUGUGAUCAAAGCAAGAAAUGUGAAAACCAGUCGAUUCUUCUUCAGCAAAGAAAAGUAAACGCAGUAGCAGAAAAAGUAGCAACGGAACAUUCAAAUACAUACAUCUUCGGAGUAUAUUGCAGCAGUGUUGUGCAGAUAAGAAUAACCAAAUACGCAGACACAAAGGAAAUUGAAGAAAAACAGUUGUGUUAUUUUUUUUUUCGAAUAUUGUCCCAGAAAUCAACACGCAAUAAACGCAACGUAAAACAAAUAAUAAUUAAACGCAUACUGAUAGUGACAUCGUCAAAAUGCAAAACGCUGAUGUAGAGGCCGUGAACGCAGUAGGCAAAGAACUGGAUCGCGUUAUAUAUAAAUUGAAAGAUAUACGUGAAAAUGCUGCAGCCGAGAUCGCCGAUGUUGCUACACUGCUGCAAGAGUUGAUGAAAGUGCUAAACAAAGCAGAGCAAGAAAUGACAGGCACUAUAAAUACAAGCACCCAAGUGGAUGCACCCUCCGAUGUAGAUGAUCCGAUGGCCGAUGAAGCUGAUAUGCAAGUCGAAAUGGAACCUGCAAAACCACGACUCAAUGAAGUGCAAGUCAAACAUGUGCUGGACACACUACAGAAAGCCAACGAAAAGUUGCAACGAAUAUCAGCAGAGCAUCGUGAUUUGCACGGUGCCGUCUCCAAAGUGGGCAAAGUAAUCGAUCGCAAUUUCGUUUCGGACUUCACGGCUACAACGCGUGUUGAUGCAUUACAAGAUGAAGAGAACUUAAUGUUGCUAAAUAAAGUUAUGGCCAAGCAUUAUUGCCGACAAGGCAUGGAUGAUGUGGCGCGUUUGUUGAUCAAAGAAUCGGGCAUGCCCGAAGAAAUGGCACAAGAAGUGUUUGACUCUGAGAGUAGCUUUGCAGAGAUUUACCGCAUUUGGAAGGGUAUACAACAGCAGGAGUUGGGACCGGCACUGGAGUGGGCAACACGCUACUCCGAAGAAUUGAUUGCCAAAAAUUCAACACUCGAAUUCAAAUUACACCGUUUAGCAUUUUUGCAAAUAAUGUCGCGUGGCAUUAGCGCACAAGCCGAGGCGAUUGCAUAUGCACGCAAGAAUUUCGGCAGGUUUAUCGAUCGUUUCGAACACGAAAUACCAAAUUUAAUGGGUUGCUUCAUAUACUUGCCCAUGGGCAUUGAUAAUUCACCGUAUAAGCAUUUGAUCUCGCCACAGGUGUGGAUGGAGGCAUCAUAUGUGUUCAUGAAGGAUGCGUGUCAUACCUUGGGUAUUAGCAAGAAUUCGGCACUAUCAGUUGUGAUUAAUGCGGGCUGUACAGCGUUGCCGGCGUUACUCAACAUUAAGCAGGUAAUGCAGUCACGUCAAGUUUUGAGCAUUUGGAAUGCACGCGACGAGUUGCCAAUCGAAAUUGAUCUUGAUCCCGAGUACCGUUACCAUUCAAUAUUCGCAUGUCCCAUAUUACGUCAGCAGACCACAGAAGAUAAUCCGCCGAAGAAACUAACUUGCGGUCAUGUCAUCUCCAAUGAUGCAUUACAUAAGCUUAGUAAUGGGCAUAUACUCAAAUGUCCUUACUGCCCCGUCGAACAGAAUGCCGAUGAUGCUGUACGAAUCUACUUUUAGAUAUAACAGUAUACAAUGAAGGAUUAAACAUUUAUAUUUACAACUAGUACACAAAUUCUAUGCUUAUUUUCGCCCGAAAAAAAACAUUAAUUAAAAAAUUCAUUAUAUUUAGUGUUAAAUCAUGCUACGAAAAUGUGUUUGUGUGUGUGUAGUUUAGUAGAAAUGUAAAAUAAGCAACCGUAAACUGCUGCAAAUCGCUUGCGCAGCCGCAGCUGGUGAAAAUUAGUUAUAUAAGUGCACGUAAUUACGGUAUUUUAACGCAGCAAAAAUAUUAUAUAAUAUAACGGCGUUUUUUGAGAUUAAAAAAUGUUUUUGGAAAAUCACUAAA